GUGAUGUAUAGUAGAAAUCUCACUGAAAUAUGUUUACCGUGAACAGAGACUUUAAUGGUAUGGUCAAAGAUGAUAUUUAACCGGAAGUUCCGAGUUUUCGAAAUCGAAAGUUUAACUUUCGUUAAAACCAAAUAGAACUUCCCUGAAAGAUAGAUUCUAUAUACCUACCUACAGCGGUUAUUUAACAGCAGACCACAGAAAAUGCAAUAAAUUUAAGAUCACUACAAGGAAAUACAUUUAUUUUUGGAGAACAGUAAGCUGAAAUGCAUGUCAUCUUCAUUCAUUAAAUAAAGUUUUGGAAACCAUAAGGGUGAGUUUAACGAACUUGUUCUCCCGACUGGCCUUACAUCCGGACCAAUCAGCAAGCAAGGUUAUUCCGGACUUGUCAUUCGAUGGAUUUUUAAGUCACUGGAAAAGUAAUGGUUUUAAAAAAAUUGUCACCAUGGUCGGCGCUGGUAUUUCAACUUCCGCUGGCAUACCGGAUUUUCGUACACCUGGUUCGGGACUCUAUGAUAAUUUGCAGAAAUACAAUCUACCCCAUCCAACCGAUAUAUUUGAAUUGGAUUACUUUAUCGAAAACCCGAAGCCGUUUUACGCAUUAGCCAAAGAAUUGUACCCCGGAAAUUUUCGUCCCACUCCAGUACACUAUUUCAUUCGUCUUUUAAAUGAAAAAAAUCUAUUAGUACGUCAUUACACACAGAAUAUUGACUCCUUAGAACGUCUAGCAGGCUUACCAGAGGAGAAGAUGGUCGAAGCACAUGGUACGUUUCACACCAAUCAUUGUCUUGAAUGUGGUUUGGAAUUCUCCAAAGAAUGGAUGAAGGAAAAAAUUUUUAGUGAUACCAUACCAUUGUGUGAUGCGUGCAAUGGUAUUGUCAAACCGGAUAUUGUUUUCUUCGGUGAAGGUAUGCCAGACAAAUUCUACGAUAUGCCUGCUGAAGACUUUAAAAAUUGUGAUCUACUUAUUGUUAUGGGUACAUCGUUGGAGGUGUAUCCUUUUGCCUCUUUGGUGGGCCAUGCUGAGCCCAAUUGUUUGCGAGUGCUUAUAAAUAGAACUAGUAUUGAUAAAUUUGGUAGCCCUACAAAUAAGCGGGAUAUCAACUUUAUCGGCGAUUGUGAUGAUGCAGUAUGGAAAAUGGCUGAGGCGCUAGGUUGGUCUGAUGAAUUGAAAGCUUUAAUAAAAAAAGAGGGUAGCAAAUUUGAAAAACCGAAAGUAAGAACUUCUGAUAAUAAGCAUAAUGACGAUAAAAAACCUAAAACCAGCAGAGAAGUACCUCAAUCUAAUCAAAUCGAAAAGAAGUCAUAAAUAAGAAAACUAAUAUUAACAAAAAUCUGCAAAUGCAACUGGGUUUGUGCAAUGGCUUUCAAAUGACGGCGUGAAUGUGAACUACUCUAUGAAUGACUUUUUAACAGCUGUUACUCUGAAUAUAUUCAUCUAGGUACAUAUAUUUAUAUAUACACAUAGUAAUAUCUAAUAAAACUAAAAUUGAGCAUAUUAAAAGCUUAAAA